AUGUCCCUUGCACAACCCUACCUCGAUGGCACGGCAAUCACAAGGUUCACUGCAGGGGCCAAGACACAAUGGACACCAGAAGGCUCGCCUAUCCCAGCCGAACAGCUUGUGCCACUUCUUGGAGUCUCAUCGUACAAUAUCUCCUACUGCCGCGUAGAGAUGGCCUACACCCAUCCAGGUCAGAACGACACAGUCAACCUCCAGAUAUGGCUGCCGGAGCAGUGGAACGGACGCUUCAAUGGUGUGGGAGGCGGCGGCUGGCGCGCAGGUGUUUUCGAUCAGAGCUUACUCCCGGCCAUUAUUCAGGGAUAUGCGGCAGCUUCCACUGACGGUGGCCACAACGCAACUGAAGUCUCCGCUCUUCCUUGGGCGCUCAAAUCUCCGGGUAAUGUCGAUGUGGUUGCUUUGCAGAACUUCGGUUCUGUCACUUUGAACGAGCUCUCUAUAUUCGGGAAGAUGGUCACCGAGAGCUUCUAUCAGAAGGCUCCCGCUUACUCUUAG